AAUUUCACCCGCUCUUCAAAUGUUUCCCUUCCGAAUAACUCGCAGAACACAGCGAGCUCUGAUUUUUCUGGUCAUCUUUUCUUGUACUUUUCUAAUAUUCACUCUUGCACCAAGUAAAUCAGCGAUUAGUACUAACCCACUCAGUGCUACAGCUGCAUACUUUCCUAAGCUAGCACAUCAAGUUCACUGGUCUGCACCAGCACCAGGUUCCAACUCAUGGGAUCUAGACUCUAAUAACUUAUACCCAGAACCACCAACAAAACGCCCUCCUCACACUUUUCGUCCAGACGGUCUACUCCAAGUCAAGCCAGGUGGUAGACACCCCAUUCUCGAUCUCAUCGAACACGCAGAGAGGGAAUGGGAUGCAAAACUCGCACGCGCAAGCAAAACACUACCUGAAGCCGUUCGUGAGUACCACCGCAGAUACUCAAGAGCACCUCCACCAGGCUUCGAUAAGUGGUGGGCUUACGUCCAGAGGCACAAUGUUCAGCUCCCAGACGAAUAUGACCAAAUCAAUACCGAUCUCGCUCCUUUCUGGGGUAUAGACCCGACACGUCUCCAAGCCAUCCAGCUUGCUCACGAAAGCCACGUACACAGUUACACCCUCGCUAAAUCCACCCCUUCAGGGCCUGUCCACGUCGGAAAUGAGUCGCUGCCUGCAGACGAACGCACUCGCCAGGGACUAUUGAUAGGAGCAAAUCAACUCAUAGAGUUGAUGGAAGGCAUCCAGGACGAGUUGCCGCUCUUUAGAGCUGUCUUUAGCCCUCAUGAUAACCCAAAUGUGUUCGUCACCCAUGAAACGAGGAGAAAGGUUGUCGAGGCGGGGCAAAAAGGCAAACCAAUCGACCCCCAAUCCCAAGAUCCGCCCCCCUUCGCCCACGGUUGGAUCCACGCCUGCCCCCUGAACAGCGUCGCACGCAAUCCACCUCCCUCACUACCCCCACACACCACCAAACCUAAAACAUUCAUCCAUGACCACCUCCUCGCCAUGGACCCCUGCGCACACCCCUCCCACCUCACUCAACAUGGCCAGUUCCUAAGCCACGGGCCCGGACCAGUCGCACAUCCCUUCCUGAUCCCACAGUUCAGCUAUUGCAGUAGUCCAUUGCAUGCUGAUAUCAGAGUGCCGAUAUUGUUGAGUUGGGUGGAUGAUGUCGAGGGUGGUGAGGAAGCGUGGAUGGAAAAAGAAGAGGAGAGGUUAUUGUGGAGGGGGUUGAAUACAGGGAUUCAUCAUGGGAAGGAGAAGCCUUGGAAGGAUGCCCAGAGGGGACGGCUAAUGGAUCUUGUUUCUUCUCUUUCUCCUUCCUCGAAUUCUCGCCCUGAGAAACGUUCCACCUCGCAACAUAAAACUAUAGAUGUCCUCCUUACUGACCCUUUUUCUCCCGACGGGUUUAAAACGCAGACUUUGAAAAAAUCCAUCUUGAACCCUGCGAUGAUGGAUAUAGCGUUCGCCUGGGAAAGCGAGUCAGAGGUGGAUGAAAGGUGGGAGUGGAGAAGGAGGAUGGGCGUUAAGGAGGCAGGGAAGGUGGACGGGAACGGCUGGUCGAGCCGGUUUAAGAGGCUCAUGACGAGUAAUUCGGUCGUUUUCAAGUCUACGAUUUAUCCUGAAUGGUUCACCCACCGUCUCGCCCCCUGGGUACAUUAUAUCCCUAUUCAAAUCGACUACUCCGACCUCUACGACGCGCUCCUUUUCUUCCGCGGAGAUCCGAGCGGGACACGGGCGAGGGAGUGGAGUUUGGAGUUCUGGAGGAAGGAGGAUAUGGUUGCUUAUUUGUAUAGGUAUGUGUGUUAUUCCUCGAGUACUGCAAGGGUCAUGGACGAAAAUCGGGAUUCGCUUAAUUUCGAGUUGGAGUUGUAGGAUUUGGGUUUGGAUUUGGGUUUUAAGACACGGCAUACCACACCAUACACGCUUAUACCUCGCAUAUACCACGCGUGUUUUUCAUACCUCCUCACGUAUGUAUUUACUAUACCGCACACACGCUCCAAGCUCGCGCUCGCGAUGAUGGGCCCGGUUUACUCUACUCUAGCGCUUGGGCUGCGCGUUUAUUCGUUGUACGGUUAUUUUAUACUCGUUUAGUGGGAUGCGUCAUUUUUGGGUACUAAUUGUAUAUCUGAUGAUCGAGAA